AAAAAAUCCAAAACUUUCUCUCUCUCUCUUUCUCUCUUUUUUCUCUCUCUUUUUUCUCUCUUUUUCUUUGAAAAAAUAUAACAUUAAUCAUGACUGGUCGUGGAAAAGGUGGUAAAGGUCUCGGAAAGGGCGGUGCUAAGCGUCAUCGCAAGAUUCUUCGUGACAACAUUCAAGGUAUUACCAAGCCUGCUAUUCGUCGUCUUGCCCGUCGUGGUGGUGUCAAGCGUAUCUCUGGUCUCAUCUAUGAAGAAACCCGUAACGUCUUGAAGACUUUCCUUGAAAAUGUUAUUCGUGAUGCUGUUACUUAUACUGAACAUGCCAAGAGAAAGACUGUUACUUCCUUGGAUGUCGUCUAUGCUCUCAAGAGACAAGGUCGUACUCUCUACGGUUUCGGUGGAUAAAUUCAUUCGAUUAUCACAUUAUCAUAUUGAAAUAAAUCAAGCACAUUUUUAGCAAUAAAAACUUUUUCGUCUCCUUUUUUAUUUGCAGGAGCCAUAAACAUAAACAUAUCUCCCCUGUAUUGAAUGAAAUAUCUCU